GUGGCGGGGCUCGACUGAUACAGGGGCAGUAUUUUAUUCCGUCAUCUUGGCAGAGAGAUGAUUUAUUUAAACAGCCCGAUCGUCAUGGUCCUGUGCCUUCAGAUAGGCAUGUUGUGUGCGGAAUUGUGUGACGAUUCUAGAAGUGUUUCUGGUGCAGAAGGAGGAGAUGUGACUCUACCUAUAAAUAAAGAGGAAUUUAAAGAGGUCUCUUGGGUUUUCGGAGGAAGACACAUCGCAACUACCUACCAUGAUGGAUCUAUCAACAUCAAAUCCCUCUUUCUGUUUAAAACCAGACUGUACGGGAUACGGAACGGUUCCUUAAACCUUACAAACGUAGGCAAAGGAGACAAAGGGACCUACACGGCGACUCUGUACAUGCAAGAUGGGACAGAGUUUGUCCAAUGUUUCAGUCUUUCCAUCUACAAAAAAUUGUUAGAUACAGAUAUCCAGAUCCAUCAUGUUACUGGAAAAAACGGCACGUGUUACGUCAGCUUGACGUGUACUGUUAAAGUACCAGGCGUGAACAUUACAUGGACCGAUUCAAAUGGCAGGACGGUCAGCGUCACAAACCAAACUCUUUAUGAUAAAUACACAGAUACUAACGUCAGCUACAACUGCGUGGCCAAAAAUCCAGUAAGUGAAGUCUCCAGGACCGUUAUUCCUUGGAUGUUCUGCCAGAAAGGUAAAUAUGAGUAUGAGUGGGCAAAACAAAAUCUGAUUUUCCGUAAAUCUCCGUGCAGAAGGUCCUGCUCCACAGACUUUCAUUAUUCAGUGUCUGACUGGGUGAUUAAGAUUGAGUCAUUCUAUUGUUUCCCACAGGCAAUAUGAUAAGGAGUCAGGAUGUUUGUCAAGUAGAUCGGGCUUAGAGUGAGAACUCAUGCAAAUAGUAA